AUGCCUCGACAGUCGCCCAAUAUCAUCGUCACAGGCACCCCAGGCGUGGGCAAGACCACCCACUGCGAGAUCCUGGCCGAGAAGAUCGGAGCCCGGCACCUUUCCGUGAACCAGGUCGUCAAGGACAAGGAGUGCCACGAGGGAUGGGACGAUGAGUACCAAAGCUGGAUUGUGGAUGAGGACAAGCUUCUGGACGCAAUUGAAGAUGAUGUCAAAGAGGGAGGCUGCAUCAUAGACUGGCAUGCGUGCGAUCUGUUCCCCAAGAGCUGGAUCGACCUGGUGGUUGUCCUCCGUGUUGACUCGACUACGCUCUAUGACCGCCUAAAGGCGAGAAACUACCCUGAAAUAAAGCUUCAGGAGAACCUAGACACGGAGAUCAUGGAGGUCUUGCUACAGGAGGCCCGCGAUGCCUUCGACGAGGAGAUCGUGAUUGAGCUGCAGAGCACCACGUCUGAGGAGAUGGACACCAACGUGGACAGAAUAGAGGCAUGGGUUACGCAGUGGAAGAAGGACAACGCCGAGCCCUAA